GCCGUGUCUCGACCAAUCACACAGAGGUUCUCUCAGCUGAUAGAAGCUGUUCAUGUUUGUUCAUCGUUGAAUUAAGCCCAGGUUUGUUGGUAUGUCCCAGUAAAAGUUGCGCACUGUGCGCUUCAUGUUCAAAGCUUUUACGUCCCUGUGCCACUAGUGAGAACAUUCAGAAGACGUAAACUUUUUUCCCCUCCUCUGCGGGUGAAAAGUCCACUUCUCUUCACCUGUUGGCCAGUUUUCUCCCAUUAUGGCGACACGUGUUCGGCCGAGCAGUAAGCGGUGUGCAGUGAUCGGGGGAUCUGGCUUUCUGGGCAGACACCUGGUGGAGAAGCUCCUGGACAGGGGCUACUCUGUGUCUGUGUUUGACAUCUGGCAGAGCUACGAGCUUCCAGGCGUCACCUUUCUCCAGGGAGACCUCUGCGACAAACAGGCUCUGCUUUCUGCUCUGAAGGACAUCUCUCUGGUUUUCCACUGCGCCUCCCCACCUCCUGCAAGCGAUGAUCGGCUGCUGUUUGAGAGGGUCAACAUUCAGGGCACACAGACGAUUAUUCGAGCCUGCAUAGAUGCUGGAGUACAGAAACUGGUCUUGACAAGCAGUGCCAGCGUGGUGUUUGAGGGCACAGACAUUAAGAAUGGAAAAGAGGAUCUGCCGUACGCCAAGAAGCCCAUCGACUACUACACUCAGACCAAGAUUGAGCAGGAGAAGUUGGUGCUGGAGGCUUGUGACAAGCAGAAGGGUUUCCUCACUGUUGCUAUUCGGCCUCACGGCAUCUUUGGCCCCCGGGAUCCGCAGCUGGUUCCCACCCUGGUGGACGCAGCUCGCCAGGGGAAGAUGAAGUUCAUCAUCGGUGAUGGAACCAAUCUUGUAGAUUUCACCUAUGUGGAGAAUGUUGUUCAUGGACACAUCCUUGCUGCCGAGCACCUGAGAGCAGAUUCCCCCAUCUGCGGAAAGCCAUACCACAUCACCAACGAUGAGCCGAUCCGCUUCUGGGACUUCAUGUCGGAGAUUCUGGUGGGCUUAGGGUACGCUGCCCCGCGCCUCCACCUCCCGUACCGACUCGUAUACGGACUGGCCCUGCUCCUCUGGCUGCUGACCUGCAUCCUGCGCCCCUUCGUCUCUUUCAAACCCACCUUUACGCCCAUGAGAGUGGCUUUGGCCGGGACCUAUCACUACUACAGCUGCGAGCGCGCCAAGGAGCACCUGGGCUACAAGCCGGUGGUCAGUCUGAAGAAGGGGAUUGAACGCACGGUGGAGAGCUACCCUCAUCUCAGGCAUGGGGCUUGAUGGUUAGAGGGGAGACGGGAAACCCUGCUGAAACCAACACGAUGCACUGAAAGAACCAUUCUAGUCAUCUCUGGUAGUUUUUCUGCCUUUUCAUGGUAUGCCCUGUUUCCACCAGCAGAUGGCAGCAAAUGGCUCUUGUACUCCGAACAGUUUCUGCAUUCUCUCAUUACACUUUAUAAACUCUAAAAACAAAACUUAUUGCAUAAUUUCAACUUUUUGAUUCAUAAUUCUUUGUCUGUUUUUACUUUGUUUAAUCUUUGUUAUGUAGACGCUGAAAUGUGGCUGCUGGGAUCGCCUUUAUAGAUGUCAUACAGCUGACAUGAGUGGCUUUCUAAGCAUUAAACUCAGUUUGGACAAUCUACAAAAUACCACUUUAAUUCUGUGCCAUUGCUAUGAUGAGAGUUUGUGAAUAAUAAAGACACACUGUGCUAAUGUUAAUUUGCUAAAAAGUUCUGAAUGUGCAUAUGAAUGAAUGAAUGAAUUAAUACCGUUUUGUGUUGUGAAAUAGAUUUUGGUUUGUAAACCAAACUAGAAAUAUUGUAUUUUCACUAUCUCUGUAUAAAAUAAAGUUUCCCAUACUGCUCCUUG